UAAAAAUCAAUCCCACCCACUUCAGAGCUUUAUAAAUAUUGCAACUGCAUCAACACACAGUACGAAAUUAUUGUGUGCAAUAAGAGAAAACUUGAAAGUACAAAGAAUGGCGUACUUAGAGUGUUUACUGUUUGUAGUUGGACUAACAAUCUGCACUGGAAGAGUAACAGGUCCACCUCAGAACGACAGAUCAGGGAAACAUGGUACAAUAGCUUUCUCAGUCGGGUUAACAAGCACCUUGCACAUGUCUUACUCCGAAACAAUUAUCUAUGAUAAAGUCUUUUCUAACUUCGGAGAUGGCUAUUCUAUUGACACCGGUGAGUUCACCGCUCCAGAUACAGGGGUAUAUGUGUUCCAUGCGCAUGCGUACAACUCUAACCAGGAUAAAGCAAUGUGGAUUGAGUUAGUUAAAAACAUUGAUUCAUUAGUAUCUGUCUCUGGUUAUAACAGUCACUCAACAGCCGGAAAUACCGUCAUUGUGAGUCUGCGCAAAGGGGAGACUGUUGCUGUAAGAGCAAGACCUGGACAAGAAUUUACUCUCUUUGGAAAAGCUGACCAAGUCUACACCACAUUUUCCGGAUAUCGCAUCGGAGAAAUCCCGUAUUCCGAUCCGGCAGCAAGUUUGUUCGGACGAUAAAGACAAAUCAAUGUAUCAGAUAUCAUAUAUUAGUUAAAAAAAAAGUAUCGUUUGGAUAAAUAUUUCGUUCAUUUAUAUAAAUCAAAUUUGUUUAGAGGUUUAACAUCUUUUAUCAUAAAGUUUCGGAAAAUUAUUUAGGAUUGUUAUUACGCUUCUUUUCAAGAAAUUAUUCUUAGAAAUUUUACAAAAAGUUUAUUCCCUUUCGAAAUAUGCAGUUUACCAAUGAAAAAAUUCAUUGAUUAAGAUAUAAUAAAAAAUGUUAAGGAUUUGAAAAAAAAGUAAAAUAAACUUACCAUAUUGUAUUUUUGUUGUUGCUUAUAUAUAUAU